UCCUACAAUAACCCCUUUUCUUGAAAGUAGUUAAAAUAAUAUGAAAAUAGAAGUGUUUUGAUUUCCCUCUCCGGAGCGUCUUUUUUAACAUUUGUCUUAUUCCUGAUUGCGUUAUUUCAAUCAAAGACAUUUCCUCCUUUCCUGUAAACUCACAAAAGUCUGUAUUUUUGUUCCACUCCCAUCGUUGUUGGAAACCAGAUCUCUCACUGAGGAAACUUUGAACACGCCGCGCAACAUGUGCCUGCCACCGAGCGCGGCAGACUCUGCCAGGCGUAUUGCGACAAUAUGGCUAAAUAAACGCGUUGUGGAAAGCAGAUUUAAGGUUAAAAUGUCUUGGAAUACAACCUGUUAACAAUGUACCAGGUCACACUACGGGCUUCAGUCAGGAAAUUGACAACACACGUGACCUAAUCUCGCGUUAAACGAGAUAUUGACAGAAACGGUCUUGAAUUGCAAGUUCCACAGUGUGGCGGCAGUUGGCCAUGGUAGACGUGUUUACUGACUCUGUAUGCUCGGUGUAGCGGGCUCCAGGCUUGUGUCACACUCAUGUGGAUUAAUCAACAUAUAUAGGUACCAUGGCGUCGUGCACUCAUCUGCUGUUCUCGGACGGCCUGAACCACACGGAGCCGGAACUGAAGGCUCGCCUCAUGCAGCUGGAGAACGACGAGGCCGUUAAUAAGCUGCCCGCCAUAUUGUUUAUAGGAGGCCUGCUUCUCAUUGGCUUCUGUGGCAACCUGCUCGUGUGCGCUGUAUAUUAUUCCAAGUUCACUGCGAGUACGUCGAAAUACUUCAUCCUUAGUUUAGCCAUCUUUGAUUUGGUCAACUGUUUGAUAGCCAUUCCAGCCGAGAUGGUUGACCUGCGGUUUGAUUACCACUUCAACUCACCCCAUGUAUGUAGGAUAAUGAGAUUCACAAUCACUUUCAACACCACGGCGUCAGCCGGCGCCUUACUCGCCAUUGCCGUUGACCGGUACAGGAAGAUAUGUCGGCCGUUUGAGAGACAGAUGAGUCUCAGAGAGACGCGUCUUUGGAUUGUGUUCGCCGUGUUUGGUUCGCUACUUCUGUCAUGGCCGGCGACACUGCUGUAUGGGCGUCGGACCGAGCAGAUGAGUGGGAUUGACACAUACGAUUGUUCCUUUGACGACAGUGUUAUUGACAAAUGGUACCCACAGGUGUAUAUUGUCAUACUGACGGUGAUGUGCCUGGCGACGAUGGCCGUCCUCGUAGUCCUGUAUGUACUCAUUGUGGUUCGCGUCUGGAGGCAGAAAUCAAGGAGGAAGAGAAUCAUGUCAAGGUCAGCCAUAACUAAAAACUCAUCGGCAUCGCUUGCUGACUCAAUACGGAAGUUGAACUGCAAGCUGGGAAACAAGGGGGCGGAAGUGAUGCAACUGAGUGCUGAUGGAGAUGCUAGUAUCUUAAGCACAGAACAACGAAGGAGACAGAACAUGAACCAGAAUCAAACCAUCAAAACAACAAUAAUGUUGUUCUGUGUCACUCUUGUUUUCAUCAUCAGUUUUAUUCCAUUCUUCGCAUUGCAGAUAAUCAAAAGCAUAUACCCUGGCUUUGAGGACGGCCUUCAUUGUAAUCACUCGGCUUUGAUCGCUUACAAACUUUUUCUGCGGUCCUUUUUCAUCAAUAGUGCAGCAAAUCCCAUUAUUUACAGUUUCUGUAACGACGGCUUCCGUUUGGAGUGUAAGACAGUCGUGAGGAAAGUCUUCUGCUGUCUGUGCAGGCAAAGCUCUUGCUGUCAACCUCCAAAGCCCUGUGAUGAACUUAACGUUCCAAAUCAGUUCCGGAGUUUAGAAGCAGUCCCCGAUUGCUAACCGCUUUAUAGUAUUUGUUCAGGUAACACUUUCACAUAAUUGUGUUUCUAGGAUGUAAAUCUCAAGGAAGUAAGACCUAGUACCUGGCAGUGGACUUGUUUGUAUAAACUGAGUGCAUUGGGUUUAAGAGCGCCAGCAGUUCGAUUACGUGAUUGCUGUGGAAUCUACGAAGUACGACAGCAACUUGCGAACCGUGGGUGAUAAUGCAGCAACUCCCUGUUUGUGCCUCCAGUAAAACUGUUCUCUGCCACGGAGAUGCUGAACCCUGCGAGUGGGAUUCAAACUCCGAACCUGGUUGUCCCAAGUCAGCUCUUAACCACAGUACAAAAUAUCACUUGCAGUACUUUUGCAUUAUCACAGAACGACUUCGAGAACGAUCCUUCUGAAACAGUCGUGUAGCGUAUGGUUCGUUUGACGCCCCUCAGUACCAGCUUGCCUGUCAAAAACGUUUCCCUGCCCUUUGUAAAGUGUUGUAACCAACUGGCACAAACACAGCUGUUGCGUUGUCUCUAGGUUCUUUAGUCUUGAUUUACGUAAGUUGCGAGAAAUACUGUAACAACUUUCGAGGUUGUACUUUCCACAGCUUCCUGUAUUUACUGUACAAACGUGUCUGUACGUGAGGAUCUGUAUUUACAACGAGGAGCGACGUUUCGAUGUAGAUUCAAAUACCGUUAUCAAUGACGUGAUGAGUACUUAGUACUCCAUCUUAUAUAUAUACUAGCCACAUAAAGAAACUGUGCAUUGUCAAAAUAUUAUCCCAGUUGAUAAGAACGAUAACAAUGUCAAAGGUACAUAUAAACUUCAAUGGAUGGAUCAUGAGACCAGUCGUGAGAAUUUCAACUGAAAAGUCAAUCACAAUGACGUCACGAGUCCACAAACGGGACAAGAGUCAAACGACCAUGUCACAAGCUCAAUAAUGGGGAUGUCCACCA